GAUAAAAUAUAUAAUGAUGAUUGAUAAAAAUAUUAAUGUAGAGAAGUGAAUCAGAACUCAUCACACAAAUCAAUGAUUAAUAAGAAGAUUAAUAAUAUAGAGAAGAGCAAGUGAAUCGAAGCAUUGGGUCUUUUCGCGUUGCACUGGCAUUGACAGCUCUUUUUAUUUAUGGCCUCACGAGCACGGCUUUCAAUUGCGAACGACGACGAGCCGGACUUCCGACACCGCUAUCCCGAUUCCGAACAACCGUGAAACUCUGUUUCCGGCGCAUGCUAACGUUUUCACCUCGUCGCGUCUCGCCGCGUACCGAAAAUAUUUAAAACUUGCCACCGUAUAACCACGUACAAUCGAAAGUAAGGAUUCACUCUAUCGUCCAAUGAUCUUUCACUUUUUUCUAUAGAUAUCAAUACUUUUAGUCUGAAUCUUUUUUUCACCAAGAGAUUGAUUUACAAUGUGGUAUACGUGGGAAAAUCAUUCUAGUUUAUGUUGAAUAAAAAUUCAUACAGUUCGCAAACUUAAAGGUGUGAAAUGCCUUGAAAUACAAUUUCCCACAUCAUGUCAAAUCAAACGUCUCGAGGCUACUGAAAAAAAUCCGACAGCCUUAAAAAUUCCGAUUUCGUUGAUAAAAAUAGUUAAUUCAGGCUCGGAGGGGUCGGAGAUGGAUCUCGCGACUUGAUGCUUUUUCGAGACGAGCAAAAGUGAGAUUUUUGCGGCCGCUCGGCGUGGCGCGCGGCGUCGAGAUGGCUAUGCUAGGAUCGUCGAGCGUCCGUCAAAAUUCCGAAUAUUCAGCGUCGCCGUCGUGUAGGGCCCUUCUGGCGCAUACCGCCGGGCCUCGAGUGCGGCUCGCACAAAAAAUAUGUGUAAUUAAAACUCGACGCUCCAGGGGAUGCACCGGGGAACCGGCCGGGAUAAGGGCGAACAGGGGGAGAAAGCGAUAUAGAGAGAUCCACCGCACGUCCGACGACAAGCGUCGCGCCACUACCGAAAGGUUAGAGCACGGAAUAAUCAGCACGGGCUCUCGAGGACCUCACCACGAUAACGCUUUCCUCGCGUCGAGACGAAACUGUCUACCGUUCCUCCGCUCUUCACGCCGGAAGUAACGCUACGAAAAAUAUUUUUACUCAUUUAGGUUCUUACACAGAAAUAUAAUAAUCAAACACUUUCAAAAUUCAUUCUAUUGAUUUAACUAUUAGAAUUUUAUCUUUAAUUCUCACUUUGCUUUGUUGCUGCAUAUAUAUGAAAUGAAUUUUGGGAAUAAAUUAUGUCCUUUUCACGUCGCGACAACGUAUACUCCUCAGAAGAUACAAAACGUUUGGAAUCAAGUAUUAAUAAAAACGAUUGACAAAAUGUGUGACAAGCGGCUGUGCGCUUGUGAGAAGAAACUGAUGCCAGGUUUCAUGAGUCCUGACGACGAACGCGUGAAGGCUAUUGAAAAUGCUUACGCAGACUUCGCAGACGUCGAGAGUAAUUCGUUGUUGAAGAAACAUUUAACGCGGCAGCUGUUCGAUACGCUAAAGGUACGAGUGACGAACGCGAACUCUACUUUGAUGGACGUAGUACAGUCGGGGUUCAAGAACCCGGACUCGAACGUUGGUGUGUAUGCCCCUGAUCAACACGCGUACGACGUGUUCGCUGGACUGUUUGAUGCCAUCAUCGAGGAAUACCAUAUGAAUUUCACGUCCAGCGACGUACAUCCGGAUUUAGACUGGGGUUCGGCUGAGGAGUUGGGCGAUUUGGAUCCCGACGGGGAAUUCGUGAUCUCGACUAGGAUCCGUUGUGCUAGAUCGGUCAACGGAUAUCCGUUAAAUCCUACGAUGACCGAGACUCACUAUAAGGAGUUGGAGCGAAAGGUCCAGGAGGCUUUGGACGGUUUAGAUGAGGACCUGAAGGGGACUUAUUACAGUCUGGUCGCGAUGGACAAAGAGACACAGCAACAACUGAUAGACGAUCACUUUCUGUUUAAAGAGGGCGAUCGAUUCUUAGAAGCUGCCAACUCGAAUAGGUUCUGGCCAAUGGGCAGAGGGAUAUUUUUUAACGAGGAUAAAACUUUCCUUGUCUGGUGCAACGAGGAGGACCAUCUCCGUCUGAUAUCGAUGGAGAAAGGCGGCAACCUGUCAUCCGUGUAUGCGAGGCUUGUUAAAGCUGCCACCGAGGUCGGUAAGAAACUGAAGUUCUCGCGACACCGUCGUCUCGGGUAUCUCACCUUCUGCCCGACCAACCUGGGAACCACCAUCAGAGCCUCGGUUCAUGCUAAAUUCCCGAAACUGAGCGAAGAUUUCCCCAGAUUCGAAGAAAUCGCGAACAUGUACAAUCUUCAGAUAAGGGGUACGAGGGGCGAGCACUCCGAGAGCGAAGGAGGCGUAUACGACAUCAGCAACAAACGUCGGUUGGGCCUGACCGAGCGCGAGGUAGUUUCCGAGAUGAGGAACGGCGUGCUCGAACUGAUCAAACAAGAGAAACAACUGCAAGGGGAAUAGCUACCGCGCCGCGAUAUCGCGUGUCCGCUCGAAGUCGAUGCGAACGUGCCGGAUGCAAAACCGUUUUUAUCGAUUUCCCUGCGAACCUACGGUUCAAAUAUAGAUAUACUUCUACCGUCCACGAGCCAUCGGACAUUUUCUCAAACGAAACUCUUGAUUUUCCUCCAAAUCUGUGGACAAUUUAUAAUCCAAUGUUCCUUAAGAAUUUCAAUAAAUAAUUGUUUAACAGAA